CAUAAAUGAAACGCGGUACACAGGCGACGCGGCGAUGAGUGACACAAACGAAGCAUUUGUCUUCCGGGCGAAUAAGAGCGAUGACAAUGAAUUGUCGGAUAUCUGGGAUGACACUGCAUUGAUUAAAGCCUAUGACAAAGCAAUCAAAACUGUCAGGGGCGAGGCCAGUAAUGAAGAAAGUGGUGGGCCAGAGAAUGGCAGAAAGUCUGCAAAGAGUGGAAACCAACGUAAGAAGAGAAAGCAUUGGAGUCAGAAGAGACAUAAGAAACACACAUGGAAAGUCGGUGACCGAUGUCGCGCUAUUUACACCGAGGAUGAGUACACAUACGAUGCAGUGAUCAAACUGAUUGACCAUGACAGGGGCACAUGUUGGGUCACAUUUGUCGGAUAUGGUAAUGAGGAAGAGAAAGACUUGGAUGACCUCAUGUCAGCGGGGUCAGAGGUCGGCUCACCCUCGCGACCUGUGAAUGGAGACUUUGAGGCUGGUUAUGAAUCCAUGGAAUAUUCAAACCACAACCAGAGUCCAGCACCAUCUGGGUCAGGGGUCAGAGGAAAUCGCCUCAAUGCCUAUUCCUAUGACAACCACUGGUAUCCAUCUCAGCAGCCUUUCAGGCCACCCAUACCCCCACCAGUGCAUUGGCCACCACACCCAAUGUCACAUGGCUUCACUCUGCCUGGUUUCCCUUCAUAUCCCCCUUUCCAUGGACAUGGGUACAUGCCACAGGGUUUAGCAAUGCCAGUGCCCCCUCUACCCUCUGACAUUCCCCCUCCCACACCCAUGUCUAUUCCUGCUGAGGCACAGCAAGGGGAUGAAGAGGCCCUGCACACCAUGCUUAUGUCAUGGUAUAUGAGCGGAUAUCACACCGGAUACUACCAGGGUUUAAAACAAGGGCGGGGCACCAGCCAGACAGCAUCACCUCAGAACCAAGACCAGCGGAGGAGACAAUCCAAAGAAUGGCAGUCACGGUCAAGAACUAGCGGGGCACAGUCGAGAUCAUCAUCAUCAAUAACAGCACGGGCAUCCAGAUUCAUAACAGUGCCAUUUUUGUUAUUUAUUAAGAUGUUGCGGUGGAAGAAUAGGAAAAAAAGCAGCCGGGUACCCGCUGGACAAAAGUUAACACAGACGACUCCUGUACCGCCUAUUCGCACAGAAGAUGAAGAACGCACAGAUGCCGAGCGGGAUGAAAGUCUAUAUAAAACAAAAUCCGAGACCACGACACCGGUAGUUCCUAGGUCACCGAAAACGAUUGGGGUUGUCUUGCCGGAGCUGCCAGGCAGACAGUCCAAGCUUAGUACACUGCUUGAGGUGUCUCAUCCUAACGUCACGUUGCCUUCUUCGGACGCUCCUCACGCUGAGCACGUCCUCGGGGCAAUGACAGCUCUGUGGCGACAGAAGCAGCUGAAUGAUGUAGUGCUGGCCAUUGGGCCCCAUCGGAUAGGCACCCACAAGCUGGUUCUUGCCGCAUGCAGCGGGUACUUCUCGGAGCUUUUCACUGGGGAGAAUUUGGACAGCGAGGAGUUCGUCUACAAACUUCAUGGCAUCUCCUUCGACACGCUAAAGUUGCUCCUCGAGUCCAUGUACACUGGAAAUCUGCCAAUUGAUUCGUCAACACUAGAAGAGGUCCUCGCAGCUUCUGUUUACCUCAAGCUCUCCUUCGCCCUGAAGAUCUGCUGCGAUUAUAUGAUCGAGAACAUGGAGACAUUCAACUGCUUGAGGACUCUUGGACUGGCUACGGUGUUUGGAUUGACCCGCGUGAUGGAGGAGGCCUCCAAGAUGGCAGCCAGGAACUUUGGUGAAAUUACCGACGCUCAGGAAUUCUUGGAGUUGCCGGAGAAACCUUUAAUGACGCUCUUAGCUCGCGACGAUUUGGUCGUGGAUUCUGAACUGACCGUGUUCGCAGCAGUAUUGCGGUGGAUCGAAUUAGACCGUGAGACAAGGUUGGGUCAUGCUGCUGCCCUGCUGGAGAACGUUCGUCUCCCGAUGAUCAAACCUGCGGACCUCGUGGAUCACGUGGAGAGCACACACUUCUUGAUGGAGCUACCGUCGUGCGAGGCAUUGGUUCGGGAGGCACUCCAUUACUACUGUCUGCCCCUGAGACAGAGCAUUCUCCAGUCUAGCCGAACAACUCCCCGGUCAACGAUGCGACUCACUACUGUGGUGGCGUUGGGUGGCCAACCAAGGAAAGCUAAGGAUUCGGUUGGUGAUGUACUGACGUAUUAUAACUCUGAAACAAAGAAGUGGAGGGUUCUGACGAAAAUGAUUCAACCCAGACAUCAUCAUGCGGCUGCCGUUCUUGGAGGGUUUCUGUACGUGAUGGGGGGUAGGGAACUCGUCAACAACAUGGAUGACCCUUUGAAGUCAGCCUUUAGGUACGACCCUCGUACGGAAUCUUGGAUCCAGAUUGCUGAUAUGAGGAACGCACGAGAAAGCUUUCAGAUGGGCGUACUUGAUGGAAUGAUAUAUGCCAUCGGAGGACGUCAAAGCAGUGAAAUCUCAUUGGCUGCUGUCGAGCGUUAUAAUCCAAGUACCGACCAAUGGGAAGAGAGAGCACAACUUUGUGCUCCCAGACGGGGUGUUGCAGUUGCUGUGCGUGAUGGGAAAUUGUAUGCGGUUGGUGGAUCAGGGAACAGGAAAGUUUCCAACAAAGUUGAAUGCUACUGCCCAGCCUCCGAUACGUGGAAACAAAAGCGAGACCUCCAAACCCCUCGCUUCUUCGCUUCUCUGUCCUCCGUGGGUGACUACCUGUACCUUACUGGAGGAGCCACAGUCAACCCCCCCGAAGGCGUCCGAUGCGUACCGCAGAUCGAUCGGUAUGAGCCCGGGACAGACACCUGGACGACCCUGCCAGCGGUCAUGGGGCAACCGCGGGCUGAAGCCGCCAGCUGUUUAGUCGGCAACCGCAUCUACAUACUGGGAGGGUACUCUUGGGACAAGAAAUGCUGGUUGGAGUCCGUCGAAUGCUACGACGUGGAGGCGAGGGAGUGGUCGGAAAUAGCAGACUAUCCUCAAGCGUACACCGGCAUGGCCUGCUGCUGCUUAACACUUCAUAAAUUACCCUGAAAACAUUGCCCGGCUGCCAUUAUUAUCAUUCGAGGAAAACUCACCCUUGUACGCCAGUUAUACGAAAUUUGGCCAUGCUAGUUGUAUUAUUAUAGGCCUACUAAUUCAUAAAAGAAUAAUAUUUCUUUUUUAGAUAAAACAAAUCUACACAAAAGACUACAUACCAAUCUUGCGAAAACUUCAACUGUUUGAUCAACUCUUUAGAGUUUCCCAUUUUUAAGUCUUAUUAUCAUAAUCAGUUUGUCGGUGUUUUCUAACAUUCUUCAUCAGUCCUCAUAAAAAGAAAAACAAGUCAAUUAGGCCUACAGCUUUCCUUCACAGGCCUAAAGAAUAUUUAAACUUGCCUAAAUCCCACUUCAGAGCCGUGUAUCCAGUGACAGGCCUUAUAGGAAGAUCUUUGGACUGCCUUACUUUGUUCGUUUCCGAAUAAACUGGAUCGCAUUUCGACGCACGGGUCCAGCCUUGUACACAUUUUUAUGUACGUUAGAACGCCCUGUAGUGAAUGUGCAUCGCGAGCCCCCAGGCGGUGCACGGCUGUAAAGUUAGCCAAUGUUUGCAAAAGAAAUUAAUCCAAUACAUUAUUUUCAUAAAUACGUUCAAGUUGCUGUAACUUUUUAUUCAACGGAUGAGAUGUAUUAUACGCUUUAUCCGUCAGCAGGCAUAUUUCAACCAGUAAGACCCAUACUGAUAAAUACGAUAUAUUAUGCACGUCUUCAAAUUUUAGAAAGGCCCUACUAUUGGAUUGACAUUAUGUUAAAUAAAAACAACACUUUUUCAUGCUCACUUGUGUAAACUUCAAAAAUUGAUUAUUUUGCUAUA